UGGAACUAGUGGAAACUACACAAGCCAUUUCCACCUGCGUAUCGCUCCAGUGCUUGUGUCAUCCUCCAGGAGACACUGCGGUACUGACUGACCCGUCCCCUCCCUCGCUUCGGAUACACAACUGUCACAGCCAUGGCCGCUAAUCCGGAGGAUUUCAGUGGGUGGCUGGAAGGCAAUGUGGCGGCUGCCAGGAGACAUAGGGGCGCUGAGGAGGAGGAGGGAGAAGCUGCAGAGCAGGGAAGGACCAUUAAAGCUCAGCAGGCAGGGCAUCAACCCGUUGCCAUGGAGAUGACAUCCACAGAUUCCACCAAUAUCUUCCAUUUACAUGAUCGUGAAUCUAAGGACCAUGAUGAUGGGUUGUCUUACACAUAUCUGUCUUCAGAUAAGCACUAUAUAUCUCAUCCAGAUUCCACCUACUUUACUGGUAUCUCCAAGAAAGAAACUGAGUCCCUAGACAAAAAAGAAUUCAGUGGUGCCGGGCCUCACUCCCCCAAAGAGAUACCAACAUUUGAUUCUCGUGGGUUAUUUAGCUCAGAUUCAGGAAUAGAAAUGACACCUGCAGAAUGGAGUGAUGUGAAUAGAAGCUUGGCGGACCCAAUAGAGGAGGAGAAACUAGAAGCUUGCAAAUAUAUAGAUAUCCGCAGAUCACCAGACAUGAAAUCACAACAGGUAGUAGACGCGGGAUUUGGAGCAAAUAGAUCAAACACCAUAAGUCAAGCUGCUCCUACUGAACAGCAAACGUAUGACAGUGUAACAAUGUCUUGGCAAAAAGACCAUUACAAUGGGAACAUAUCUGAAUAUUUGCCCUAUAUGGAAGAACCAAGAGAAGACUUUGGCUUAUAUCAUUCACCAACAUCCAAAGAACCCAAAUCAGCACCUGUGACAAUUACUUUUACUGGGAUGGAAACUGCAUUACAAACAGAGUACCCCGGAAAUCAGCAAGACGGAUAUGCAGAACCAUGUGGCUCAGAAAAGCAGAGAGAAUACGGAAUAUGUGAAGACGAACUCAUCAGUGCCAUAAAGGCAAAGGAAGGAACAAAGCGAUUUUCUUCGGAAACAAAUGACGAAAAACAGUCUCGUAGCUUUCAUGCGGAAAAACAGGAUUUUACAGUCAUCUCUACAGAAGCUACUUCAGCAUCCCAUUAUACUAAGGCUUCCAGUGCAGAAUCAGGUGACUCAGAAAUAGAGUUAGUGUCUGAAGAUCAGGUCGGAGCAGAGGAGGCCAUGCAGUCUGCAUACAUGACCUUCAGUCACAUUAGUGGGCCUCCACCUUCACCUGCAUCUCCUUCCAUACAGUACAGCAUACUUAGAGAGGAACGUGAAGCUGAACUGGAUAGUGAGCUCAUCAUUGAAUCAUGUGAUGGUUCAUCAGCCUCAGAGGAAAGUCCAAAAAGAGACCAAGACUCCCCCAUGAUGAAACCAAUGAUUAUGGACAUUAUAGAAGAAGAAAAUUUAUCAAGAACUGAAAGUUUUGAGGCAUCGGACUUUGAAUCAUGCAGUUUAAAAGAGAAAAAGCUGAAUAUGGAAAACCUGGCAGAGUCAGCUUCUUAUUUAAAGGGUAAAUUCCCCGCUGAAAUAAGAGCAGAUAUGCCAAGCACUAAGAAAGAAGAAUUUCUUCCACAGAAGAAAUCACCAGAAGGUCCUGCUUACCAAAGUAAAGUUAUUGGAAUGACAAGUAUCCUGGGACCAAAACCUUUGACAUUUUUCAAGAAAAAAGCAAUUGACUUAUUAUAUUGGCGAGAUGUCAAGCAGACUGGAAUUGUCUUUGGAAGUAUCCUACUGAUGCUCUUCUCUCUGACACUGUUCAGUGUUGUCAGCGUCAUAGCAUACUUAGCACUUGCUGCUCUUUCAGCCACAAUCAGCUUCAGAAUUUACAAGUCAGUCUUACAAGCUGUACAGAAAACUGAUGAGGGACAUCCUUUCAAGAGCUACUUGGAUAUUGAAAUUUCUCUGUCUCAAGAACAAAUCCAGAAGUACACGGGAUGCUUUCAACUAUACACAAACAGCAUUGCAAAGGAGUUGAGAAGACUUUUCCUAGUACAGGAUCUGGUGGAUUCACUGAAAUUUGCUGUCCUAAUGUGGCUACUGACAUAUGUUGGAGCUCUCUUCAACGGACUCACACUUCUUAUCAUGGCGGUUGUAUCCAUGUUUUCUCUCCCAGUUGUAUACGACAAGUAUCAGGCACAGAUUGAUCAGUACCUGGGACUUGUGCGGACAAAUAUGAACAUCAUUGUGACCAAGAUCCAGGCUAAAAUCCCAGGCACAAAACAGAAAGAAUAAAGUGGACUGGGGAUAAAUCCAAGUGUUGGUAAAUUAUUCGAAGUCUAAGGUGGAAACAGCUACACUUCCAAUUUAUUGCGCCAUUCUUUUUUUUAACACACCGUGUUCCCAGAAACAUCCAGAUUGAAAAAAAAAAAAGCGAAGCAGCUCUUGGAGACUCGCUCCUCUGCUGUUAGAAAUACUUGCAAUCAGCCGUCAGACACUCGAGUAUAGUGAAGAGAUUCAAACGUGUACUAGUUGUGUUCUUCUUGUGUUGCUAUAAAAUGCAUGACAUUGGAAGCCUAUGUAACAUUUGAUUUCCCCCCCCCCACCAUUUUUAUUUUUAGUGUUUUUUCUGCUUCUCUCGGCAGCGCUUUUAUAAAUUAAUGUGAUACGUGGCUUGGGCUUCCUGCUUGGGGCAAUGACGCAAUAGUACAAAUUUGCUUCUUUGUCUCUGACCCGCUGGUUGGAUUUAUCUCAAUUAUUAUAUAUAUAUAUAUAUACGUAGAACUGUAGACUAAUGUUUCGUGUUUUCCAGCACAAAAGUGAAAUCAGUGUGCGGUACCGCUAUCCGUUUUGUACGACUAAACUUGCAGUACUCAUGUUUUAAGGGAGCGAGAGGCAGAUAUACACGUAUGGUAUGUUCAAUUUAUUACGAUUUGUAUUAAUUACUUCUGGACUGAACAUUUGCACUCAUGUACUUGACACCCGAAUGCAUAAAUAAAUCUUACUAAACGUA